AUGAGGCGCCUCAAAAGGACUCUUGACACAAGACUAGCCUCUGUCAUCCAACAAGACCCGAAAUCCGGCUUCGCCGCUCGUUACCUUGGCUCAGACGCGCUCACCCCUUCACUACUCCAGGAAGCCGUCGAUCAAGCCAAGACACUUCUGCUGGCCGGACAGGACACGACGUCAUGCGCACUGCAGUGGUGCUUCUUCUACUUGUGGAAGCACCCUGAAGUCCUAGGGAAGCUGCGCGCGGAGCUCGACAUGGUCCUCGGCCCAGGAGUCGCUAGCGACUCAGCGCAACUACGCGAAAAGCCUCAGUUGUUGCAGGACAUCCCCUACACGAGUGCGGUGAUCAAAGAAACAUUGCGACUGAGGGGAAUUUCUGGUACAACACGCGAGAUCACGGCAAACACUGUAGUUGAGGUUGAUGGCGAGUCUGUGCUGGUUGAGCCAGGUGCAAUUUUCUUUAUCAAUAAUUAUAUUCUGAUGAAAAAUCCAAAGUGCUGGGGCGAAGAUGCUGAGGAUUUCCGCCCUGAACGUUUCUUAGAAAGUGAAGAGACCGGGAAACACAUGCGAAAUAUUUCUUACCGGCCGUUCGAGCGCGGCCCACGCAACUGCAUUGCACAAGAACUUGUCAUGGUGGAAAUGCGUAUCGUACUUUUACUAACAGUCCGUCUUUUCGACUUUGUCAAGAUCGGCUAUGAUGGUAUCAUAGAGGAGGAGGUGUAUGAUAUCAGUCGUGUUGUACAUUCUCCAGUUGAUCAGAUGAAGAUGCGUUUCAGCGAGAGGGUCAUCACCGCUGGCUGA